GAGCUCGCCACCGAAGAAGCAUCAUAGUAACUUGGCCACCAUUUGUUCAAUAGAUUCGACUAAAUUACGUCGUUGUUAUUUGUGGACAUCCUAAUUGUAAAUUUGUACUGAACAAUAUUCUAGUCUUAUUUCUUAUAUUUUAUCUCUUUGGAAAGUGUAUAUAUGAUAGUAUUGUAGGAAAGAAUCAAAAAAUUUGAAAAUAUAGCGUACCGUAUCGAACAAAAUCUAUAACAUGAUGGAUCCCUAUAUUAUUCGUGAUUACGACAAAGGUGAUAAAAUAAGAUUAUCAUUGCCAGCUUACAUACAAAGGUAUGAUGCAGUGAUCGAAGUGCUUUGCAGUGAUAAAUACAAUGGCCAGAUACAGAAGGUUAUAGAUUUUGGCUGUGGAAAUCUUGACUUUUUGGAUUAUCUAAAACGUAUCUGCAAUGUAAACGAAAUAUUAUGCGUGGACAUUGAUAGAUGUAUUCUUGAAAAUAACAAGCGCAAAGGCAAGCCGUUUGUUCAUGAUUUUGUACAUUUAAGAAAAGGUCCAUUGCAGAUACAUGUUUAUGAAGGGAGCGUUUCUAGCAAUGACAAUAACCUGCAAAAAGCCGACGCAGUGAUAUGCAUGGAAUUGAUUGAACACUUAGAUUCGAAUACAUUAAAGGAUUUUCCAUUUAACAUCUUUGGUUAUAUCAAACCAAAAGUAGCAAUUGUAACAACGUCAAAUGCUGACUCUAAUGAAUUAUUUCCUCAUCUCUCCAGAAUCCGGCACACAGAAAGAAAGAUUGAAUGGUCUAGAGAACAAUUUCAGGCCUGGGUGGAGAAUAUAAUUUUAAGUUAUCCUUAUUGCCAUGUAUCAUUCCAUGAUAUUUGUAAUGGGCCAGAAGGUACGGAGCAUUUAGGUGCUCACACACAAAUGGCCGUUUUUCAUUGUAAUAGCGACGAGAACUGUUCAGAAUCAUCAGGAAUUGAUAAUAUAUAUAAAUUGGUAACUUCGCAUAAUUUUCAAAUUAUAAUUGACAAACGUUCGGACACAGAAAAGAUUUUGGAUGAAGUUUUCUAUCAUCUUGAAGAAUCGCAAAAUUUGGAUAAUAUACGAGGAGAAAUGUCGCUUAAAUCUUUAGUAUUAAAAUUGAGAAAAUUAAAUAUUACAAUUGAAUCACUGAAAACAAUUCUGGAGGAAGCAGGAUUGGCCAUAAUUGAUUACGAAGAUGGUCCUGCUACAUGUAUUCCAGUGCAAACACGUACUCUACGUGAAAGUCAUAAAGAUUAUGAAAUAUGUUUGGGUUACGAUGGAUAUAUAGUGGAUGAAAUUAAAUGGGAUUCUGAUGACUGUGACGAAGAAGAACAGAAUGUUGUUAUACCUGAGAGAAAUUCUUCCCCAGAAAGUGACAUUACUUAUCUGUUUGAUAGUGAAAAUAAUCCACCAAGUGAUAAUAAUCUUUCUGACAGCAUAAACAUCCCUGAAUCUGUUGCAGAUUCAAAUCCAAUUAAUUCCAAUUUAUAAUAUAAAUAAGAUUAGUCAUCAUUAAUGGGAUUAAUUUUUAUAUGUUAUCAGAAGGUGUUACAGCCAACAUUUCAAACGAAGUCAAUAAUACACUUAUAAAGCGAACUGAAAUCCUAAAUGUAACAUUUGAUUCCUAUCAUUCUGUAACAGUAUUAUUCUCUUCGACAUAGCCUCAACUGCUCUUCGUUCAUUUGUUUCAAUUGAAAAGCUCCUAAGGUGAUGAUACAUCUAUAGAUGAAAACAUGCCAUAUUCAUUAUUGUUGAUUAACAGUUUCAUCCCUCAUACACAUUGAGAGUUGAAUCUGUUAAUCUGGAAGGAGCAAGUAAUAGAGAACUGAAGCAAGUAAUAGUCGAUUAUUUAUUAUGAUGAUCAUAUUGUUGCAGAGAAUCUGCGUCAAUUACAAAUCAGACACAACACACAAAUUCAUCACGAAUACUUAGAAAUUCUAAAGAAAUGAGUUCUAAUCGCAAAUUGUUGAGGCCUGAAAAUAUAUGCAACGACGGUAUAUCGAAAACUUUUCGAUUGGGCGAUAAACCGAUGCCGCCAACAAAUGGCAAUAUUAGCCGAAAUUCUCUAUAGGAUUCAAAUAAUACUUAACGUCUCGAAUCCAUCAAGUAUUUCAACGAUGUUCAUUAUAUAACUGUCCGUAACAAAAAGUGAUACAAUUGAAGAGAACAAUAUAAUUGAAAAUGUACUUACAAAAAUAAGAUUGAUGUAAUAGAAAAUAUUUCUUUGAAUAAAAUAAUAUGUGUUUAAAUCCCGUGUGCCAAUGAAUGUUGCGAUAUUAUAUUACAAUCUUUAGAAGAAGAAAAUUUACGAGAUAUUCAAUCUGAAACAUAUUUAGUAAAUAACAUUGACGGAUGUAAGGAUUAUUUAAUAAAUUUCAAUCCAGUUUGUUUAA